UUGUGGUGGUGUUCUCAAUUCCGAGUGAGAUCGAACAAGUUCGAAAUCGUUUUCGAAUCGUUUUCAUUUCGAUUCGGUAAUAAAAUGGAACAGCUGUUGUCAGUUAUUUGUGUAAAAUUAAUUUAAAUCUAAAUAAAAUUGAUAAAAUGCCAGCGCCAAUGAUUUUUGGGUGUGCCGAGGCAAGAAGGCGUGUUAUUAAACGCUUAAAACAAAAAAAUCGUCAGCUAAGGAUGCAUGUGGACAUAUUUCAAAAGUUGGAUUCCAAGUUUAUAGAGUCUUAUCGCGUAAACAAAGAAGUUUUCAAAAUGCUAUUAGAUAAAAUAGGAAAUAGGUUAGCGAAAAGGCAUCGCUUUAUUACACCGACUACGCAACUGGCAGCCACACUUCGGUUUUUAGCAACUGGCUCCUAUCAGUUGGGGAUUUCUAAAGACCAAGAUAUCAACAUAGGCAGAAGCACCUUUUCCAAGGUAUUGCACUUUGUUGUACAGGAGCUGGAGAGCUGCCUUUGUGAAGAAUUCAUUCUGCUGAAGAUGUCGCCCGCGGAUAUGAACUCAUCAAAAGGACAUUUUUAUAGGGAAUUCAAUAUUCCCGGUGUCAUUGGGUGUGUGGAUGGAACACACAUAAAAGUGUCAAAACCAAGAGAUGACGAGUCUCUGUUUUUUAAUAGGAACGGAUAUUUUAGCAUAAAUGCAAUGGUGAUUUGUAAUUACAAUAUGGAAAUAAUGGCAGUAGAUGCGAGCCACCCGGGUUCAUGUCAUGAUUCAUUUAUUUGGAAUCAGAGUUAUGCAAGGCAAUUUUAUAGCAACAAUCGCGCUCAAAAUACUUGGAUUUUGGCAGAUUCCGGCUAUGCCUUGGAAACCUUCGUAAUGACGCCAUAUAGGAACCCACAGCAUGGAUCAAUAGAACAUGCUUUUAACAAGAGACAUGCCUCUGCUCGCAACAUAAUUGAGCGUACAAUCGGUUUAUUAAAAAGCCGAUUCCGAUGUUUACAAGGAACUCUUCAAUACGAACCAAAGUUUGUUACUCAGCUAAUUAACGUUUGCUGUGCGCUACACAACAUUUGCCGCAGGCGUAACAUACAGAUGAAUGAAGAAGAUGGCCAUGAUCAGGAAAUGGCAAGUAGAAAUUCUGAAGACGAGAGCGACAAUGAUUAUCAGCCGGCUGUAGAUGGAGUGGAAUUGAGGGAUGAAGUGGCCCGCGGUUUACAAAUCUAAUUUUUGAAAUAUUUAAAUUCAUAGUCGCUCACAGAAGUUUUCGUAAUUUAGUUUUACCACAAUAUUCACAAUAUUUUGCAUCAUAAAUCUUCUUCGUUAACUUUUAUUUAAAAUAUACCUCAUUCUAUAACAAAAACCAUAUAAAUCAAUCUUGCAAACUUUGUA